AUAGUUUUUCCAUUUGGCUUUCCCAUUUAUUUGUGAUGUUUGCUCCACUCUAUAUCAUGAUCUCUAUCCAUGUACUAGUGAGCAAUGGUUCCUAAUAUAAUGUUUUUAAUAAGACCAUGAAUUUCUCUGACUGAAAUUAUGGAGAUUCUUCAGGACAUUUCAGUGUGUAGAAUCUAUUGUUCCCUGAUACACAUUUGUUGUUUUUUUUCCCCCAAAAAAGCCAUUAGUCAAGGAAGAAAAGCAACAGAUUUCAUACAAGCUUGAACAUUUAUUAAAAUCUGUAUUCUUGCGUACUCCAGUAUCCCAAAGAAUGAGGCAAAAGGGAAGGAAGGUUCUGUUGACAGGUGUAGCCACCUCCACUGACACUAGUAGCAUUGCACAAGUGUAACCACGGCACUUAGGUUCUCGUUUUCUUAAGAUGCAUCAAAUACUGAAAUACUGGUUAACAUAGCAACAUGAGCCCUGCAGCCCCUUGUUUCUUUUUCACCUUAUCUUACUUAGUCACCUUGUUGAACCUAACAGCUCACUUUUUGUUGUUGUUGUUGUUGUUUUCAUUAAAAAUACAGUCUUUCUUUGUAACAUCUUUUGUGAAUAAUGAAAAUAAAUGAAGCUAUGGACAAUUGACUGCCUAAGUCAGAAAUAAAGAAGUAUUUCUAACUAAGUAAGAAAUAAAAGAUACUGAAGUCCUGAAUAUCUUUCCCGUUUUCCAAAAAGGCUCAAGCACAUUAUUUUAACAUAUAUUCUAAAUUCGGAGUAUUUUCUUUAAUGUUAGGUGAUGUGCAAAACAGUAUCACAAAAUAGAAUCUUAAAGUCUUUAGAAACGUGAAAAUACUGCCACUUCUUGCUUAUAAAUCAGAAUUCCCUCCUUGCAACCAGCUUCAUGGCUUAGUUGCAUUGUGGUACUUUCUAUGCUCUCCACAACUGUCAGUUAUUGCCUCAACUAUAUUGGCUUUCCUGUGCAAGUACACUGGUAGAGAAGCCAGAAACCUAUCUGGACCCUUUCCAUUUUGCUUUCUUUUCCUCAAAUAAAUAAAUAAGUAAAUGUAGUGAAUAGAUUCAGCUUCCUAAACAUGGAAAUAUGGCUCCAAAACUGGCAGUUUUUUCAUAGCUCUGUAACUUAGCUGCUGUCCUGACAGCUAAAUCUCCAGCCAAAUUUGUUGUUGUUUUUGUUUUGUUUUCUGGUAACAAUCUAAAGUGGGUAGGUUUCACCAAUUUUACUUCUACUACUGUAAGAAACCAGUAGGCAUUUCAGUCUGGGCCUUGAAGAUAUUGAGGGCAGAUUUGUAAAUUGUUAAAUCACUGAAUGAUGGAGUAAUUUUUCAUGAAUAGCUGAAAAUGCAUUCACCAGAAUUCAUUGAAAAAGAAUCAAAGAUUUUCUGAACAUGGUCUGCUUGUAAACCUGCAUUAUAAUGUCCUCUGAGGCUCUGCACAGCCGAGAACAAUGCCUUUACAUGUCAGCAUUAAUAAUUUUCUUGCUGAUUAAAGCACAAAUAUAAAAUAUUCAUACUUUAACAUCCACACAAUCAGCUUGAAGAAGCAUCUUGUCUCACCAGAGGAUGGAGCAUGGAAGAAUUACAUUACUUUUACUUGUGUGACUGACUGUCCUUUCUAUAGGCACGUUCAGUGAAAGUAUCCUACUAAUGAUCCAGUUCCUUUUCAGUUUCUAUCAGAAAUACGUGCAAAUAUUUGUCUGUCAUCAUUUGAAUCAUAACAGAAACUGUGGUGUUUAGAUCCUAGGCUAUCAGUUUAAGCUAAGACCCCAGAAAGGCAAGUGCAAGUGUAUCAGAAUUUUGUCCAUGAAAUAAUUUUUCCAUCAUUUUUAGCCUCCAGUAGUGCCAUAACUAAAAAAAAACCUCUGGUUGCUACUGACCUUUGGCUCCAUUCACCAAUCUGUGGGUAACUGUAGAAUUUGAGUGCUUGGUUUCCUAUUCCACCUCUCCCUUUGCAAAGAAAAAGGAGAAAGAGAUGAGGCAAUCCUGUCAGAUAUACUUGGUGCUGGCAAGAGAAGAGCUAUCUGGAGGCAUGUGCUCACGCUGCUUAAAUUUAAAAUGAAAUUUUCACAGAGAAUGAAGCUUUCCUGUUCAGACUUCUCCGUUCUUUGUUCUUCAGGCAAAUCAAGAGUUGCAGGACAUCACUCAGAGGGAUAGGCAGUGCUCCUGUUUUGCUUAAUCGCUCAUGGUCAAAUCAUCAGUGUUAACGUCAGGCAGUGUUAAGUUGGAGCCUCCCUGGGGUGGAACGGUGACUGUUGCUUGAAAUCUCCAUGUUUGCGGGCUGCUUCCUCACCUGAGGAUUUCAAGAGUGUGAAAGAAUAACCUCUGCUCAGUUCCUUCCUUGAUAAUGAAGAUACAUUAUUUGUGAAUGAAUUUAACUGAAUAUGGAUCCGGGUGGUGGAAGUCUUGGAUUGCAAACACAAGAAUCCAAAAUGCCUCACGCCAUGAUUAUGCAGGACUUCGUGGCUGGAAUGGCCGGCACUGCUCAUAUUGAUGGAGAUCAUAUUGUUGUGUCGGUCCCUGAAGCUGUCCUUGUUUCUGAUGUUGUUACUGAUGAUGGAAUAACUCUUGACCAUGGCUUAGCAGCUGAAGUUGUGCAAGGACCUGACAUCAUCACUGAAACUGAUGUUGUAACAGAGGGUGUCAUUGUUCCUGAUUCUGUUCUGGAAACUGAUGUGGCUAUUGAAGAAGCACUAGAUACCAGUGAUCAUGUUCUGACUUCUGAUCUAAUAACAGAAGCCGUUAGAGUUCCUGAUCAGGUGUUUGUGGCUGACCUUGUUACGGGUCCUGAUGGACAUUUAGAGCACGUGGUGCAAGACUCCGUGUCAGCAGCUGACUCACCUACAAUGGUCUCGGAAGAAGUCCUUGUAACGAACUCAGAUUCUGAAGCAGUCGUUCAGGCAGCUGGUACUGUUCCUGGCUCUACAGUGACUAUAAAAACAGAAGAUGAUGAUGACGGCAAGAGUACAUCUGAAGACUACUUAAUGAUAUCUUUGGAUGAUGUUGGAGAAAAACUGGACCACAUAGGAAGCACUCCCUUGAAAAUCAGUACUGAGGUGACAAAUGAUGAAGUGGCUAAAGAUGAUGGGUUUGGUUCCGAAGUUAUCAAAGUAUACAUAUUUAAAGCUGAAGCUGAAGAUGAUGUUGAAAUAGGUGGGACAGAAAUUGUCACAGAGAGUGAUUUUCACAAUGGACAUUCAGUAGCUGGAGUAAUUGAACAAGGAGGUGUUGGUAGAAUGCAGCGAGAAAAAAUGGUUUACAUGGCUGUUAAGGACUCUUCUCAGGAAGAUGAAGAUAUUAGCUGUGCUGAAAUAGCAGAUGAAGUUUACAUGGAAGUUAUUGUAGGUGAAGAAGAAGCUACAUCACUUCCAGACACACAGCUCGAAGAGACUGGUGUGAAUAAAACUUUUGUUCCUGUUGCUUGGGCUGCUGCUUACGGAGAUGACAGAAGACUACCCAGAAGAUAUGAAGAUGGUCAAGCGGCAGGGAAUAACUUGGAUACACGAUUAGAAAACAAAAACGGUAAUGCAACACAAUACCUGCAGAUUUGUGAUAGCAUUAGCACUAAUAGAGUGCUAAAACAAAAAACCAAGAAAAGGAGGAGAGGAGAGGCCAGGCAAUGGCAAACAGCUGUUAUAAUAGGUCCUGAUGGACAGCCCUUAACAGUUUACCCUUGUCAUAUAUGUGGGAAAAAAUUUAAAUCCAGAGGAUUCUUGAAAAGGCAUAUGAAGAAUCAUCCAGAUCAUAUGAUUAAGAAGAAAUACCAGUGUACAGACUGUGACUUUACAACUAACAAAAAAGUAAGUUUCCACAAUCAUCUGGAAAGCCAUAAACUUAUAAAUAAAGUUGAUAAAACCCACGAGUUUACGGAAUACACAAGAAGAUACAGAGAAGCAAGCCCGUUGAGUUCUAAUAAACUAAUACUGAGGGACAAAGAGCCUAAACUGCACAAGUGCAAAUAUUGUGACUAUGAAACCGCAGAGCAGGGGCUACUCAAUAGACAUCUACUUGCAGUUCACAGUAAGAACUUCCCUCACGUAUGUGUGGAGUGUGGGAAAGGAUUCCGUCAUCCGUCAGAGCUGAAAAAGCAUAUGAGGACCCACACUGGGGAAAAGCCAUACCAGUGUCAGCACUGUGUCUUCAGGUGUGCUGAUCAGUCCAAUCUGAAAACUCAUAUCAAAACCAAACACGGGAAUGACUUGCCAUUUAAAUGUGAGCACUGUCCCCAGGCUUUUACAGAUGAAAAGGAGCUGCAGCAGCACACGGAAUUGUUUCAAGGGCAUAAGACUCAUCAGUGUCCACACUGUGACCAUAAGAGCACCAACUCCAGUGACCUGAAGCGACACAUUAUUUCAGUUCAUACAAAGGAUUUUCCCCACAAAUGCGAGGUAUGUGAAAAAGGCUUCCAUCGUCCAUCAGAGCUCAAAAAGCAUAGUGAAACCCAUAAAGGUAAAAAGAUACAUCAGUGUAGACACUGUGACUUUAAAACGUCAGAUCCUUUUAUACUGAGCGGGCACAUCCUCUCGGUUCACACCAAGGACCUGCCUUUUAAAUGCAAAAGAUGUAAAAGAGGAUUUAGGCAGCAAACUGAACUUAAGAAGCACAUGAAGACCCACAGUGGAAGAAAAGUUUAUCAAUGCCAGUAUUGCGAAUAUAGCACUACGGAUGCGUCAGGCUUUAAACGACACGUAAUAUCAAUACACACAAAAGACUAUCCACAUAGGUGUGAGUAUUGCAAAAAGGGAUUCCGUAGACCAUCAGAAAAAAAUCAGCAUAUAAUGAGGCACCACAGAGAGGCCAUAAUGUAAUAUAUGAUGUCAAGAAGGAAGCAAUUUAGAAACUGUGUUACGAUAAUUGGGGAAAAAAAAAUCUCAUGAACUGUUUCUCCUGGUUUCAAAGCUCGAUAUUAAAUCAUAACUUUACAUUCUUUGUAUUAAAAGUCUUAAAAGUAUUAGGGUUGACAGGGGAUCUCAUAGCCCUAUGAUUGUUGCUUAUCAGAACCUGAAGAGCACUAUAGAAUGCAGAAAGAUGGAUGAAUGUCUUAAAUUUGCAGAAAGAUGAGUGAAUGUCUUCAAGUAAUAGUAUUACGUGUUGUUAAGCUAUGGAAGACAAAAAGAAGAUGAUUGUGUUACCCGUUUUGUCAGUGAGAGCAUUUGUCUCCAUACUAAAACAGUUCAGAUACGUGACGGGAUUCUUCACAGCUGGUGUGCUGAGGCAGCUGGGCCUGGCUUCGUGUGUGGUUCUGAGAGGAGUAUUCGUCGGUCACUCGAUCAUAACGUUUGAAAUUGUGCCUGGAAAUUAUAUUCUAGAACUGGUCAGAGUUAGGGGGGGGUUGUCCUUUUUUUCAACAAAUACAACAUUUCACUGGGAGGCUUUUUGGUUUCCUCUAUCAGUUAGGUCCAGCAAGAAAUUUGUAAUGAUUUUCAAAGCUGCUAACCUAUUUUAUUGCAGGAUACAAUGAUAAAAACACAGCGUUACGUUAUGAUCUCAGAGGUGGUGUUCUGGUGCUAGGCUUCAAGAUGUGUAUGUACAUAACUUCCCUUUUUUACCUGAAACUACGGCUGAAUGUUGUUCAGUAUGGCACAUAAAAUUAAGUUUGAAUCUGACUCUCUAUUUUUUAAGGAUGAAACGGAUGCAGCUGAUAGUGCUGCUACUCAGCACUACGUUUUUUUCUCACUACUUUAAGAUCUCAAAGUACUAUUAAAAAGAAAAUUGAAAAAAACUAUAGUUUGUUUUUAAUUAAAACUCAAAGUACUUAGAAGCUCUUUAGGGCAGUGUUCUUAACAGGUAUGGCUAUUGCCCUGCCUCCUAAUAGGAAAUUUUCAAUAUAGACAUAAAAUUGCACCUUUUAAUCAAUUCUUAAAAAAAAAAAGAAAUCUAUACCGUGCUAUAAACGUGCAUUUUCAAUCUGUAAGAAAGUAUAUAUGCAGUAUUUAGCCAGAGAAAUAUGCUGCCACUAGAGUUUGGAGAUGGAUCUUCAGUUUACAGUGUAUACAUUUAAAAUAUGCAUCCCUUUAAACAAUGCUUUGUGUUAGCAUGCUGCAAAUCCAAUGGCGCUUAAUAUAACGAGCUGGUCUAGGGCUAUUUAAUGAACAACCUGUUCAUAAGUGUUACGCAUAUAAUGUGUAUUUUUUACUCUUUUUAGUUGCUUCAUGUUUGCACACAGCUGUUCACAUGAGAAAUUGUAACUUCAUGCUAUAUUGUGGCUUUGUGUUUCAGAUAAUGUUCAUACUUUGUUUUUGCACCAGAUGAGAAUCAGUUCCUUGAGAAAAUUUUUUUUUAUAUUUCUAAACUUCAGGAAGUGAAAUUUGGGAAAUCUCUUAGAAAAAUACAUGUUUUAUGUGGCUGUAAAAAAUGAUGUACACGCUGUAAAAUAAGAUUGUCACUGUGUGGGAUUAUUAUUUCAAAAUGUGUUACUCAUCGUAACGGGCAUACAAUAAAAUGCAUCUCUUGCACUCCAAA